AAUGACAAUGAAUUGUUAUUUCAGUAUUUCUUUUCGGCACAUAUAACUAGUAACUAUAUGGUUUCUGGUAAUUGGUCAAUCGUGGUUUUUACAUUUCAGGGUUAUCUUUAUUUACGUUUGGUAUGCGGCGUGCGUUAUUCUAUGUCAUGUCAACGGCUAACGGCGUAUCUGAAAUUACCGUUUAUUUGACAUUUUGUGUUUGACAAGUUACUAGUGACUUGUCGGCUAUCUACAUCUUUUCCAUGCUGAUUUGUUAAUGAUCUAACUCCUCGAUUAUUGUAGAUUUUUCUGGUUACUUUUAUUCAAAAUAUCAUUAUUUUUGAUUUUAAUUAGUAUUCAAGCAUAUAAAAAUGGUCUUGAGUCCUCUUACGUCCAAACAAGUUUUGGAGUUCUUGCCUUUGAACACGUGGACUGAGAUUCAUUUGCUUCAAAGCGAUUUUAAAAAUGUAUAUAUAGCAACAACAAAGGAAAAAAUGGAAAAGCGAUUGAGAGAUAUGCAAUCGAUUUCAUUACAGAGUGGCUCUUAUGAUAAAGUUACAACAUUUAAAGUACUUGAAAUAGUUGCUGUUGAAAUUAAAGGCGAAUGGUAUAGAGGUAAAUUAAUUAGUUUCAAUGAAUUUCAAACUGACAAUACCAGAAUUGAAUUAAUUGAUAUUGGCUCUAUUUAUCAAACUAAGUUAGAAAAUCUGUUUGUUCUUCCAUAUUAUUUUAUGUAUGAACCAUUAGCUUUACCGAUUAUGUUCAAGAAUUUUAUUCCGAAGAAAACAACGUUAUUUAUAAAACCUCUUCUGUCAGAAAGUAAUCUACAUGAAGGUAUUGUUCUUGUUGAUGUUAACUGUAAUGAUAAAAAGUUAGAAAACGGUGUUCAAGAUAAUCAAUUAUUGAAAUCAAAAAAAGACUCUUUUGAUGAUCCAAAUAUUAUAACUGUUGAAAACAUGAGCAAUGGCCACAACAUUAGCAAUGGUCACGACAUUAACAAUGCUCUCAAUAAUAGCGAAUCGAGCUUAUAUCUAUCUAGUAGUUCCAGAAAAGGUAGCAUUUUUAGUCAAGAAAAACUUAACAGUAUGCCAUUAAAAAAUGAGGAUUAUUGCAUUUUGACUUAUUUUGAAGAUUUCACUUGUUUAUAUGUCGGAAAAGCUAUUAAAAGUGACACAGAUGAUAGUUAUAAUUUCUUUGAUUUUGACAUUUUAUGCGAAACUGCUUGUAGUACAGAUAAAAUACUUAAGUAUGAUCCUAUUGUGGGAGAUAUUGUCAAAGUUUUUUCGCCUCAAAAUGAUGGUUUAUUCAGAGCAAAAAUACUAAAAAAUAAUUAUAAUGGAAGUUAUGAUGUUUUCUACAUUGAUUAUGGAAACAUUGAAACUGUCCCAUCAAAUGUUAUUUAUGAAUUGGCUGAUGAAUUAAAGAAGCCUGGAAUAGCUGUUAAAAUAGGACUUGGUAAUUUAAAAAAUAUUCAAACUACUGAACAAAUAAAAAAUAUGUUUAACCAGUUUUGUGACAAUGGAAAGCUGUUUAUGAUUGAGUUGGAUGAAAGAUCUAAAAAUUGUCUAGAAAAUGCGAAAUUGAAAGAUAUAGAUAAUGGAUCAUGUAUUGAUUCUAAAUAUAUAAUGAAAUACACAUCAAUACAACCUAGAAUUAUGCCUGUACAAGUUGAUGAAAGUAUUUCAAUAGUUCAUAGUAAUAAUAGUCAACUCUGCGAUUUAAAAAAUAAUGAUAUAGUUUUUUUAAAACAUUUUGAAGAUAUGAAUAGUGUAUAUAUUGUAAAGAAUGUACAACAAUUAAAUGAUGUGAUUUUAAAAAUGAUGACUGAUAAUACUGCUGUCCGUAAAAAAGAGUUAAUUGUCGGAGAUAUUGUUAAAAUUAUGCUUAAAAAAUCUCAAUAUCGUGGAAAAAUUAAAAAAAUUGAUGUUAAUUUGAUUUGUGUUAAAAAUAUUGAUUUUGGAUACUGUGAUUUUGUUGAGGCAAAUUCUGUUUGUGAACUAUCAGAUGAUUUAUUAAAGAUUCCUGGAUUAGCUAUAAAGAUUGGAAUUAAAGGACCUUUAAUAAAGAAGACACCUGACUUAACUGCUUUUAUAGAUAAAAUCGAAAGAAUUCCAUUAUAUUUAGAAUUUGAAGAAGGAAAUUCCAGUAGAUAUCAAGAAAUUAUUUUAAGGAGAAAAGAUAAUUCUGAAAAUAUUUUUGAAGAGUUUUUAAAAUCAAAUAAAAAUCAAUUAAUUUGUAAUCAAAUUUCAAACAAAUGUGAAAACAAUGACACAAUAAUCAAAUCUAGUGAAAGCUUUAUCAACAGUUUUGAAAACAUUACAUUAACAACUGGGGAUUAUUGUAUUGUUUCUUAUUUCAAAGAUUUUAAAAAUAUUUAUUUAUGUAAAGCUGUAAAAAAUGAAGCAAAUGAUUAUGAAAUGCAUAAUUUGCCUAUUAUUUUAAAGACCAUGGAUAGUAAAGAUCGUAAUGCUAAAGUAAAUCCAGCCAUAGGAGAUAUUGUCAAAGUAUUUUCACAUUUGUUCAGUGAUUUUUAUAGAGCUAAAAUAUUAGAUAUUGACAAUAACCAAUUCCAUGUUUCUUAUAUUGAUUUUGGAAAUACAGAGAUUGUUAGUUCAAAUGAAAUAUUUGAACUUUCAGAUGAAUUGAAAAUAAAAACCAAAUUACCAACUCCAGUAGCGAUUGAAGUUCCCCCAAAUGCCAAAACAACAAAUGAAAUUCAAAUCUUUUUUGAUAAUUUAAUAAAUGCUAGUGUAGUUUUGUGUAUUGAAAACAAAACACAAAAUAUUGAUGGUUUAGAAAACAUUAUUCUAAAAGAAUUAAAAUCUGGUAGAUUAGUAAACACUGAAUUAUUGAAAUUAUUACCUGUUGAAAAGAUACCAAUUAAUAAUUUUGAAAAUUCUAAUAAAACACAUGUUGUAGAUGCUAAAUGUGACAAAAAUCAUGAUUUAGAGAAUGUUAAAAUAUUAAAGAAAACUGUGGAUAGUUGUACAACUGAUGAGAAUGUUGAUUUAAAAAUUGAAGAAGAAAAAAAGUCACUAGACUUUAAAUUUGGGCCACUUAAGAAUAGAGAUUUAGUUAAUUUAAGGUAUUUUCUUGAUUCAACUUCUGUAUUUGUUUCUCGAAGUUCUGAAGAACAUUUAAAACUGUUUUAUGAUGUAACUACAAGAACAAUAGAAGAUAACUCGAGAAGGAAACAAAUAGAAAUUAAAGUAGGAGAUAUUGUUAAAGCAAUAUUUCUUGAUAAUAUGUAUAGAGCAAAAAUACUUAAAAAAGUUGAUCAUAAUCGUUUCUAUAUUUCUUUUAUUGAUUUUGGAAAUGAUGAGAUAGUUCAUGCUGAUGAAAUUUUUGAAUUACCCGAAGAACUAAAAAAGAUUCCUGGUUUGAUUGUAAAAAUUGGAAUUAAAGGAUCACCAUUAGUUGAAAAAUCAAAUGAUUUAGUGUCAAAAUAUUUAGAAGAUUUAGAAGACGAAUCUUUAUACAUUGAAUAUGAUGAAGAAAACCCGAAUGGAUUAAAAGAAGCUAAUUUAAAAAGAAAAAAUGGUUCUGAUAUUUUUGACGAAUUAUAUAAAAUUUUGGGAAAACCAAUGGUUACUAAAGAAGAAUCUAUAAAAAAAGAACAGAACAAUACUAAAAAUGAGACAUUGUUAAUAAGUUCACCUAAACCAGAAAUCAUAUAUAUUGAAUUGAGAACUGGUGAUACUGUUUUUUGUAGUCAUUUUGAAGAUUUUAACCAUCUAUACCUUUGUAAAAGUUCUAAAAAUAAUACUAUACCAGAAAAUUAUAGUAUGAUGAUUGAUUCUAAAAUGGCAAAAGAUAUUGUUGUAAAAAAGAAUCUUAAAUAUAAGGAUAUAGUAAGAGUGAAGUUUGAAGAGAAAAUUUUCCGUGCAAAAGUACUUGAUAAAUGUGGACAUAAAUAUUCUGUAUUUUUAAUGGAUAUUGGAAAGAAUAUAAAUGUGCUUGCUGAUGAUAUCUUUGAACUUCCAAGUACCUUAAAAAAUAUUCCUGGUUUAGCUCAAAAGGUUGGUCUUAAAGGAACACAAGAUUUAAUAAUUACUUCAGAUGUUAAAGAUUAUUUUUAUAACUUGUGGCAUAAUGAUCCAAUUCCAUUAAUUUUAAGAUAUGAUGAGGGCAAUUUCAAUUAUUUAAAUGAAGUAAAUUUAAUAAAACAAAGUAAUGGACAUGAUAUUGUUGAUGAUUUAAUCAAGAUGUGUAGUAUAUCUGACAUGUCUAAUAAAUCUAAACCGGCUCAAGUAACAAAAAGUAAUGGUUCAAAUAUCAAUAAUUGGCAAAUUUUAAGUGGAGAUCAUGUUGAAUUUUUAUUUGGAAAUAAUGUUGACAAUAUUUUUGUAAGAAAAAUAAAAUUAUAUGAAGAAUUUAAGAAUGUUUUAGACCAACUAAAAGAAGAAAAUUGUAAAAAUUACAAACCAAUAACCCCAAAGACUAAUGAUAUUGUUGCAGUGUAUUCUACAAAAUUUAAUGGGAUUUAUAGAGCUAAAGUCAACAUACCAUGUUUUGAUGAUACAAAUAGGGUUAAAUGUCUUUUGAUUGAUAUUGGUCAAAUUGAUUUGAUAUCACCUAAAAAUGUAUUUUCAUUGCCCAACUAUGUAUUAUUAAAUAAAGUGCCAAAUAUGGUUCGUAGAGUGACACUUGCCGGUAUAAAUAAGAUCUUUAAUACUAAGAUAACUCCAUAUUUAUCUUCAUUGAAAGGAAAAGCAUAUAUUAUGGAAUAUGAUAAGAAAUCUGAUCAAUGGCAUAAGCAAGAAGUUGUGUUAAAAGAAAUACAAAGCAAUUUGUCCAUUAAUGAUGAAAUACAAAAAUUAUUUUCUGAUGAUGCUUCUUCUGUUCCUAUAUCUCAACAGCGACGAUUAGAAAGAAAAAUUAUCCUGCCCGAGCCAAAAGAAAGUACAUUGGAAAAACCAUCUCAUCCUAUUAAAAGUGGUUCAUCUGUUUUCAUAACUAAUUUUGAAAACUUCAAUUCAAUUUUUAUUCGUGAUGCAUCAUAUGAAUUUAUUGAGAACUUUAAUGCAUUUAAUAAAAAAAUGUUAAAAUAUUAUAGAAAUGCUAAUGAUGAAAUCGCCAAAGAAAACUUGAAAAUUGGUGAUAAAGUAUGUGUACAGUCAUUAUUAAAUGUAGUAAUGCAUUCUCGUGCUAUUAUAAUCGACAUCAUUGAUAACAAAUACAAUGUUUUUUAUCUGGAUUAUGGAAAUACAGAACUAGUUAGUGAUGAAGAUAUAAUGGCUUUGCCAGAAGAAUUAGAAAAGUUCCAAGAUUUUGUCAUAAAAGUUCAACUACAAAACAUGCCACCAUUGAAUACCAACAAUGAAAUUCAAAUUAUCAAAAAUCAUUUCAAAAAAAAUUUUAUUACACCCAAUGCAACACUUUCUAUUGAAUUUAAUGAGUUCAAUCCAAAAGGUCUUGAUGAUGUUGUUUUAAGGACAGAGUAUUAUAAAAAGGAUAUUGUUGAGGAUAUUAGAGACUUACUAAAUGCACCACCAUUGAAUAUUAAAAUAACAGGGCAAAAUAAAAAUACAGAACAACAAACUUCAUCUCCUGGCAUAUUUCCUUACCCUGCACGAAGACUGUUAUAAGUUAUAAAUUAUUGUUAUUAAAUACAUUGUGUAUCCAGUUUUAUUUUUUAAUUUUUUCUUAUUAAAAAGAAAGA